AUGUCGUAUGCAGGGCAAAGCGGUGUGCUUCGAUUUAUGGUGAUGGCAGGAACGACAUACACGAUGAUGUUGGUUGCAAAAGCUGCCACCCAUGUGAGUGGUGGCCGAUCCGGUGAUGGAAACGGCAUGAAUUGUUGUGUUGAGAAGGAGACGGAAAACGGGAAAAGGAGCCUUCGAGACGCACAUUACGAAAUGUCCAGGGACCAAACAGAGGCUCCGCUUCAUGGAGAUCAUGAGUGGCAUCCACUUCAAGACAGAAGGGGUCCAACCGAUCAUUCUCAUGAAAGUAUGCACAUGCACAACCGUCACAGCUACAACCGUCAUGGCCACAACCGUUACGGCCACAACAAUGCUUACGGCCACAACAAUGCUUACGGCUAUAAGAACGACAAGAACGACUAUUAUCGUAAAGACAAUGACAGCGACGAUAAAAAAGACGACAAAAAAGACGACAAAAACGAUGACGAUGAUGAUGAUGAUGACGAUGAUGAUAGCGAACAUAAGAGCAGUAGCGACCAGAAGAUGCAGUCCAGCGAUUUGGAUAGUAUUAAUCUUGGCAACACAAUUACGAUCGUCAAUAUCGGCACGGUAAGUCAAGAGCCAGGCAAUGUUGGACCCAGUGACAUCGAGCCGAUCGGAAAUGUUUUGGCACCCGGCGAUACUGGUCGUGUAGCUCUCACCGCUGCAGCUCGAGCAUUUUGCGGCUCUGUCGGCUGCAAUUCUUCGCAAGGAUCGCCGAGCAUCGACGCCAACUCCAGCUCUACGAUUCCCCCCACCACCACGCGUUAUGUCGCUGCCAGUAACGCCACAAGAGACAACAAUGGUGGACCUGCGGUGAGCAAUGGCAGCAGCAGAGUGACUAUAGGGCUAGCAAAAUGGCUGUUUCUCGUAGCUAUCCUCAUUGAACUGCUUCGUUUCUAG